AUGUCGCUCACCGGAGUGGAGCACGCUCUCACCGAAUACGGAGCUGAAAAUAUGACGACAGCGUCUUAUAUGAUUUCUAUGAUUGUGUAUCCCGUAACUCGUCGAGAGUGUGGUUGGCGGAGAAAGAUGGGAAAGAAAGAAAUCAGGUAUUUCAUCACUAGCCUACGUGCUGUCGCUCAUGGACGAAGGCUUCUUUGCGUAUGUCACGAGCGGGCUCACCUCGGUGACAAGGGUAACGGUGUAGCCAACAUGAGGGCGGAUGACGACAGCGGUCUCUCCUUCAUUUGGCGAGGCAAAGACGGAGACGAAUGCGGUUGA